CAAAGUCGACAAGAACGGCGGGAGACGUGACCAAGGUCAAAGUGUUUAACUGCUUUACAGUCAAGUUGGAUUUGAUUCCUUCUUGCGGCUUGCUUUCUUAUGACAACAAAAACACAAGACAAGAUCCACAUCAAAUUCCAUCAAGUAACCAAGCUGGUCUGCACUAAGUCUUCUGAAAGUAUCUCCUGGUGUGGUUCUCCAUCAGGAAUCCCAAAUGUUAUGUUGGCUAAAGCUCCAAAAUUCCUCGGAAGUCAUUGACUCAAAAAUAUUGAGAAGAAAAUAUCGGUUCUCCAUUUUCCAUCCUUUUGUUUACUUUCCGAUGGUUUGGGGCAGGUGUUUUAUGAUUUGAUCAAAGAAUGGCCUGAAAGAUGAAGUGCAAGUGCUCUCGGGGUUAGACUUGCCGAGUUCCAAGCUCGGACCUUUUAACUCCGACGAGAUCCGCUUGUCGGAGACCGGACAGCCACGCUGGUGCUGUUUUGAUGGGAUGGGAUCCUGAUCAGAUGUUGCUGAACUGCUGUUCUUUGUUCCUGAAUAGGUGCUGGCUGGUUUUGGGUCUCUUUUUGGAUGAUUUUUAUAGCCAAGUCUUAAAGUUAACACAAUGCAAGGCUAACAAAAGUAACUGUAGACUCUUUUGGAUCCUAUUUUUCCAUAAAUACUGAAGUUGUUAAAGUUCUGAGGAACGCCGGUCUGCAUGGACUCCACAGAAGUCUGUUUAAUGCAACAGCGCAUAUUUGUGGCCAGUCGGCGGCCGAGCAGAGAAUCCAUCUAGAUUAGCACAGGCGCGGCAAGCAGACAAUGUCGGCCUCUCAGCGGGCAGCGUGAGGCUUUCAUAGAGGGAAGCCGCAUAAAUCAGCCCCAUGGCCAACAAGUAGGAGCCUGGCAAAACAUUUGCCUUGGCCCGGACCGCGUCCUCCCACCUGGGGUUCUUAGACGACCGCGCAAACAACGACAACCUCGGUUGCUUGCUCCAUUGCCUGCAAAGGAUCACUUUGGACUUAUCGUUGUCGAACCUGGAAUUGUAAUAUUCAAACUAAACACGGCUCAAGCUACUAACCAGUCGUCGUAAAGCAAAUAACCGACCUGUGCCAAGGUUAACAAAAGUGGAGGGGGCGUGGGGGAGGAGUUAGGGUUAUUGGUUUCUCCGACCGCAUUCAGCAGAUUUCUGGCUGACACGGACAAGUCAGCAGUGGUGGUGGAUUGGUCGACUGGAUUUCGAUUGUUGCAAAGCUAACCACAAGCUACGAGACGACGGCGUUUCGGCCCAACAUGAGGGCGGUCCUUCUGUUCUGUAUGCUGACGCUGGGCAGCAGCCACUACUACCAGCACGUUGACGUCAUGGAGAUCAUGAGAACCCACGACGUCAUGAUGGCUGAUUCCGGGGACGACGACAACUACGACGAUCGUUUCGACAGCUGCCCAAUGAGCUGCCACUGCUCGCCCAGAGUGGUGCAGUGCUCUGAUCAAGGUUUGAUCAGCGUGCCGGCCAAGAUUCCAAGUGACAUCUUGAUGAUGGACCUCCAAAACAACGAUAUCACCCAGAUCAAGGAAAACGACUUCAAAGGCCUGGACAAGCUUUAUGGCCUGUUCCUGAUCAACAACCGCAUCUCCAAGAUCCACCCGCAGGCCUUCAAGAACAUGAACCGCCUGCGCCUGCUCUACCUCUCCUACAAUUUCCUGACCGAGAUCCCGGCCAACCUGCCGCCCAACGUCAUCGAGCUGCGCUUCCACGAGAACAAAAUCAACAAGAUCCAGAGGGAUGCCUUCAAAGGCCUCAAGAAGCUGCAUGUGCUCGAACUGGGCGCCAACCCGCUGGCCAACACCGGCAUCGAGCUGGGGGCCUUCAACGGGCUGGCCACGCUCUACGUGGGGAUGUCCGAGAGCAGGCUCACGGCCGUGCCCAAAGACCUGCCCUCCUCCAUCACAGAGCUCAACCUGGAGUACAACAAGAUCUUUAAGGUGGAGGUGGAAGACUUCAUCAGAUAUAAAAAUCUGCAGAGGCUGAGCCUGUCCUUCAACCAGAUCCGCUUUGUGGAGAACGGCACUCUGGCCCACAUCCCUAACGUCCGCGAGAUCCACCUGGACAACAACAGCCUGAAAAAGGUCCCGCCGGGUCUCAGCUCGCUGCGCUACCUCCAGGUGAUUUACCUCCACGCAAACAAAAUUAGCAACGUGGGCAUCAAUGACUUCUGCCCCAUCCGAUUUGGCGAGAAAAAGAACUUGUACAACGGCAUCAGUCUGUUUGCCAACCCCAUCAAGUACUGGGACAUCCACCCUGCCACCUUCCGAUGCGUGGGCGGACGACGGGGCGUUCAGCUCGGAAACUUCCGCAAGUGACCGACGGCCGUCAAAAGGGGAGAGCCGCAAACGAUGCCAGCGUCAUCAAAAGUCUCAUAAUCACAGAUGAAACAGAUUGGAACAUUUCACAUCGUCACUAGAAGUGCACACACACACAUAUGGUUUUAUGUCAUAUUGGUAUGAAUGGAAGCCACGAGGCCCCUGUACAGGACGGCUUGGGGGAAGGGGGUUAGCAACAUUAGCGCCUCCCAUCUACUGCUUUACAGGAGCAAGAACAUUGCAUCGUUCUAAAUAACCGUUACGUUGACUCAGCAGCCUUCCCCGGAACAACAAACAGAAUUUUCUGUCUAGACCUUUUUUCUUCUUCUUCUCUGUUUAUCUUUGAUGUCAUCGUGUAGUCGGAACCAUCCGUUUUGAUGAAGCGUUCUCACGGCAGGAUAUUGGCCAGAUUCAGUGCAAUAAGAAUCGUUUUGUCUUAAAAGGUUUUACACGGAUGUGGAGUCAAUUAGCAGAUGUUGCGAAAACAUAAACGGUCACAACUAUCUCCAGGUUGAGCUCAAAUGAGAUUUGCAUGAAAUGGAACAUGUAUUGUCAUAUGUCCGCUCCUCUAAUGGUGCUAUAUUUAUUGAGUAUGUCUUCAAAUAAAGCUAGAAUUCCUCCCCAA